AUGGCGUUUACACUGAGGAGUGUGAAGGUUCCACCGAACUCCGUGACUCUGGAAGAGGCUCGGCAUCGGACCUUCGAUUUCUUCAGGUCGGCUUGCAGAUCCAUUCCAACAAUCAUGGAGAUCUACAAUCUAGACGACGUCGUUGCACCCUCGCAUCUUCGCUCUACCAUCGCCGCCGAGAUUCGUAAGAACGCACACGUUAAUAACCCUAAGGCUGUAUGCUCUAGUGCUUUUGAGUGGAAACAGAAUUCCCAUGGUAGCGAGAAUAUAAUGAGAUUGGGAAUGAAAUAG